CUGUGAUACUUUUUUAGUUCAUCCACCAAGAGUAACAAUGAGUCAUCGUGCGUGUUGGAAGCGAUGAGAUGGUGGCUGACAGGAAAUGGGUUCUACUGGUAUACAUUAUAUAUUGUGGAAUUUAUCAGCAAGGUUUGACGAUAAGGGUACAGUACAUCUAAAACGGUGAUAUGGUGUUUAUGACUGUUACUUUACUUUUACACGCCGGCUAUCCUUUUUAUGCUCAUAACCCAUAUAAUUGGUGAUCUAAUUGGCCGAGCUGCAGCUGAUCCCACAUGCAUCUCAUCAAACCGGGCUAAAGUGACCAACACUUGACUCUGGGCCUGAUUUAAGGUCCACCAUAUGUCUGAGCCCUGUUUUGUCAAAAGGUAAAACUGACGGGAAAGCUUACCUAUGUAUUCAGUGUGAUGUUAUGUUGCAGCUACAGGGAGGGGAUGAUGUUGUCGAGGAUGAGCUGAUCAUCUGACACCAUGAUGCAGCCAUCAUCCUCCGCCGACAAUAGCAGCCGGAAGCAGCCGCGCUCCUCCUCCCCGGCCGGCCUCAAAGACGGCGGAUCCAAAGUGACACAGAAAGGGAGCAGCCCGUCAAAGCCUGUCGCCUCUAAGCAAGCAUCAGGAGGAGGAGUGGGGAGAAGCAGCCGAGGUCAUUCUCCUGUAUCCACCGGCCGGGAUCGGCAGGCCGGGGGCGCUCCUGCAUGCAAAGGCGCGGCCGCUGUCCAGGUUGCUGGUGCUGAAAGCCCCACGUUGAGCCGGGCGGCGGCAGACAGAAGCGGCAUCCAGACAUCUGAUGACUCCCCACGACUCGGCCCUGAUGCCUCCUCCCCCUCUAAAGCCGAUCCGAACCGAGUCGUGUCGGACCAGCCCUGCGCAUCCAAAUCCCCCAAAUUGAGAAGCAAAAACACGAGAGGAGGGGAAGCCUCUGCGGCGACGAGUGGAAGUAAAAAGAGCUCUAAGGGCACAGUCGGCUGCGGACCUGGUUUCUGGAAGGAGGGGUGCUUACAAUCAGAGCUGAUUCAGUUUCACUUGAAUAAAAGCUUAGGGAAGAAAGGGACAAAGAUGCAGACAAAGCCAGCCUCUCCCCCUGCCUUGGAGCUGCCCCCUGAGCCUGAGUGUCCACAACCAGCCCCCCAGCAAGACCAGACGCUACUGGAAGAGAUAGACAGGCUUGAGGAUGAAAAUGACGAUCUUAAGACUGAAAUCGAGGAGAUGCGAGCAGAGAUGGAUGAGAUGCGAGAUACCUUCUAUGAAGAAGACGCCUGCCAGCUGCAGGAUAUGCGCAGAGAGCUGGAGAGAGCAAACAAGAACUGCAGAAUCCUCCAAUAUCGCCUGAAGAAGGCAGAGAGAAAAAGGAUCCGCUUCACAGAGAGUGGCCAAGUAGAUGGAGAGUUGUUGAGAAGUCUUGAGCAAGACCUGAAGGUGGCAAAAGAUGUGUCUGUACGCUUGCACCAUGAACUUGAGAACGUGGAGGAGAAGAGGACAAAGACAGAGGAGGAGAAUGAGAAGUUGAGACAACAGCUAAUAGAAGUUGAGGUCACCAAACAAGCACUUCAAAAUGAGCUGGAGAAAGCAAAAGAGCUCUCACUGAAAAGAAAGGGAAGUAAAGAUGGCCAGAAAGAGAAAAAGGCUCCACAGGCUCCAAUUGAGGAAGAAAAUGAAGAUCUGAAGUGUCAGCUAGCCUUCAUCAAGGAGGAGGCCGUCUUGAUGAGGAAAAAGAUGGCAAAGAUAGACAAGGAGAAGGACCGCCUAGAGCAGGAGUUGCAGAAGUACCGCUCCUUCUACGGGGAUGUGGACAGCCCCCUACCUAAAGGCGAAGCUGGGGGGCCUCCUACCACGCGUGAGUCUGAACUGAAGCUCCGUUUGCGUCUGGUUGAGGAGGAAGCCAACAUCCUGGGGAGGAAGAUUGUGGAGCUGGAGGUGGAGAACAGGGGACUCAAGGCAGAGCUGGAUGACAUGAGAGAGGACAGCCUGGCGGCUGCAGGAGUGGAUGGUGAUGGCAGUGGAGGUCAACAGUGCAGGGAGCAGGGUGAAGCACUCUCAGAGCUCAGGCAGCAGCUGCAACUGGUGGAGGAUGAAGCAGAACUGUUGCGCAGAAAUUUAGCAGAUGUGGAGGAGGAAAACAAAAAGGUGACAAAUGAGCUGAACAAGCUGAAGUACAAGGCCGGAUCCCACGAAGCUGGUUCCAGACAUGGAGGAGGAGGUGCUGACUCUGCUAAAGUGGAGGUGCUCCAGGAGGAGCUGAAGGCAGCCCGUCUGCAGGUCAAUGAGCUGAGUGGCAAAGUGUUGCAGCUCCAGUACGAGAAUCGAGUGCUGCUAUCUAACAUGCAGCGCUACGACCUGGCUUCCCACUUGGGCAUCCGAGGCAGCCCGCGAGACAGUGACGCUGAAAGUGACGGAGGGCGAGACGAUGACACCCCCUCGGCCUCGUCACCUCGCCUACUUCCACCCCACCGUAAAAGGGAGGGCCCCAUUGGAGGUGAGAGUGAUCCGGACGAAGUGAGGAACAUCCGCUGCCUUACCCCAACACGCUCCCUCUACUCGCCUGUGGAUAGCCGUUUUUUAUCCAGAAGCCUGAAGGACCGGCAGCAGAUGAUAGACAUCCGAAUUGAGGCCGAAAGGCUGGGCCGGACCAUUGACAGGCUUAUUGCUGACACCAGCACAAUCAUUGCUGAGGCUCGGGUUUAUGUUACAAAUGGUGAGCUUUUUGCCAGGCUGGAUGAUGACGAGGAAGGUGGCAGGAUCCGAGAACAUGAGUUGUUAUAUCGCAUCAACGCGCAGAUGAAAGCCUUCAGAAAGGAGCUACAGAGCUUCAUUGACCGGCUUGAUGUUCCUAAACAAGAUGACAAACAACCAGAGGAACCUCUAUCUGGAGGGGAGAACCGUAGAAUUUUGCUGGACCUGAAGACAGUUUUGGAUGAAGUGCAGGUGGAGGUGAAGAAAGAGGAAGAGAAGAGGAGUGAGCUGCAGUUGCAGUACACCAGAGACAGAUGUGGCUGGGAGGUGGAGAGGGCUGAGCUCAAGUGCAGGAUUGCACAGCUGGAAGCCAAAGAAGGUUGUAGGUCGACAAGUGGAGGUGUCCAGUCUGCAGCAGGUCCUUAUUCAUCAACGUCGACGCUCCAUCAGGACAAAGAGGAGCAGCGGAGGCUCCUGGCAGACACUCGCUCGACCACCAUGGAGCUGCGCUGUCGUCUGGAGCACAACGAGAAGGACUGGUUGAAGGAGAAAGCAGAGCUACUGGGGAGGUUUGACGUGGAAAGAAAGGAAUGGGAGAGCCAACUGAAGGAUAUGCAAAGGAAAAUAGAAGAGUUGUACUGUGAGGUGAGGGCCAAGCGAGAGGGGACUGGAUCGGCUGGUGGCAGGCGGGGCGAGGGAGAAGAGCAUCACCUCAGUAUACGUUCACUCAGCACUGGUUCCAGUGUGCUGAGUGACAUUUCACAGCCACUCAGCAGCUGCAGUCAGUCAGAGCCUUUACCUGGCUUUGGCCACUACAAUAUUAUCAACGGUGGGGGGAGUGAGAUUCAUUCCACCACCUGUUGUCAAGCAGACAGUCUCUGUGAACUGAGUGCAGGUGAUCAAUUUGCACGGAAUGAAGGUGCACUUCCCGAAUUGAGAUCUCGAGACUUGCUCCUUAAUAGAACAGAAGCUGUGGACACUUCCGAACUUGAAGUUAUUUUCCUUAAAUCGUCUGGAUGUGGAACGGCACCGAAAGAUGUCUCCCUAGGGAAUGAAAAAAAUGUUCAUCAUAGCCUUCAAGAAAGUCCUGUAUCAGCAGAGCUGUGUUAUGCCAGUGAGAAGAAAAAGAGCACCACUGCUCUCAAUGCUGCUCUAAAGGAGAUCGCACGUGUCAGUGAAGAGCUGUGUAGCUACCAGGAUGAGAUCAAAAAGAAGAGUGGGGAUAAAAAAAAUCCAUCUGAAUUGCUGUGCCUCUCGGAAGAGAAGAACAUUCCCUUGGCCAUGGAUAAAACCGACUUGAACUCAAAUCAGCUACCAUGUGACCUCAGCCAAAUCUACAAUCAACUUAAGGAAUUGGAGAGGGAAAACUGGAUCACCUUGUCACCUGAUUACACCUGGCGGGCCAAAAAGGGAUCACACAAUUCCUGGGAAAAGAAUUCUACCGACAGCUGCAGAGAUGUACAGACAAGCCUGGGUGUACUCUUUGAUAUGGAUACAGCAGCCCCUCCUGCCCCUCCCCGCAGCUUCUCCCGGAAUCUGAGCUCUUCCUCCCAGCCAGACACAGAACUCCACAUCCCUGAAUCCCCCAUGACAACAAUGACAAAGUGCCACAGCCCGUGUGCUCUCGUAAACAAAAAGUGUAGAAGCCCAUCCAUUGUUAGGAAGUUUGAGGCAAUGCUGCAAGAAAAUGAAGGAAAAGUUUUCAUAGAUGGUGUGGUAGCAUCAUGCUUCGCUCCUGCAAAUUCCAACUGUAACAUUGGCUGCUGCCACAACCGCUGGUCUUGUGAUGCAAGCAAGUGUACGAGCAAUAAGUUGUCCACAUGUGGGGCUGUCCAGAAAAGCUUCUCUGAAGCCAACAUAUUGACUUCAACAAAAGAGUGUUCCCAUUAUAACCAUGGUGUUGGCAAUGUACACAACCGUCAGCUACAAAUGCCUCCAAUUGUUAAAGAAUUACCUGCAGAUCUGCUGUUGUCCUCGCUGGAAAUGACCAGCCCCAAACUACAGGGUUCCAGGAGAAACAUCACACUGGAACAAAAAACAGCAGAGUUCAACAGAACCUUGUUUCAGGCAGAGAUGGGCCGUGGGGUGGAGGACCAAGACAGUGUUACAGAGGCUGACAGACGCUCUGUGGGUUGUCAACAAGCCCUCUUAGCAGAUUCUGUGUCCAGUGAGGUUUUAUUUCCCAGGUAUCACCCUGAUGAAAUCACUAGUGUCUUGGAUGUCAGUACUGAAGUUGAAUUAUGCAUUUCCACCCCAGAUCAAAUCAGAUGUAGCCCUGAUGUUCAAGAGAUCAGACAGAAGCAUGACUUCACUUCUGUCACUGCACCUGAACAAUCAAAUAUUGCAGUCAGGGAGGCAAACACAAUAACCACUCACAGUCCUGCGCACCUUUCUGAGGUCAAGAGAAAGGUUCGAACAACAAGCAGUCCUUCCAGGAAAACACAACACAGAGCAGCCACAAACAUUCCCCUUUCUGAGCCUGUAUUGUCUGCAAAUAUCCAUGCAGGUCAGAAUGUGGAGGACAUCACCUCCAGGAAGGACUAUUCCUCAGGAUUGAAGCCUCACUCAUCUGGGAUUGAAAGCUCACUCCAAAAGCCUUCUGCACAGAGCAAAGAGAGACUGACGACACAGUCAAAACUUGGGUCUGUGCCCCCCUCCCAGUCAGAUGGCUGCAAACCUGGACCUCGAAUAUUGAAUGACCAUCCCUGGAAGCCCCUUACCCUUGCUGCGUAUCCGCGGCCUGAGGGUUCACGGUCUAAUUAUGGCGCAGUUGAAAGAAUUCUGAAACACUAUGAGAUUGCAUCUCGGGCUCAACAGCACCAGAGCCAACAGGAUGAGACAGCUUCAAAUACUAACUGCAGCCUGCAGCAAGACACCAUUGGGUUGAACAUGCACCCUUCUCUGAGACAGUCGUCACUCACAAAGUCAGUCACCACACUCAACAGCCAUAGUACCACCGGAGUGGCACAGAUACAGCUUUCAGUCCAGGAGAAAGAAGAGUCUUCCAACUUCUCCAGCCAGAAUGCUUUCGCAAAGCCUGCGCGUCCAGCCAAUCGACGCCCGCCCUCCCGAUGGGCCAGCCUGCCCCCAACUUCCUCUUCUGUUGCCUUUACGUCCCCCAGUAUCAUCCCUGUUGUACCUUCAUCUAUCCCCUUCCAGAAACUCACUCCGUCCUUCACCUGCUCACAUGCCUUUCACAUGGAGACUGUGAUUAUUUGAGCUCCGUAAGUGCUUCCGUGAUGUACUCUAAACCCACACUUUUACCUUCACCACUGUUGUACAUAGUAGGCCAGACCUCCUCUUUCACACGCUUUGAAGUGCUUUAGUUGUGAAUUUUCCAACCCUCCUUCAGAAUGUAUGUGGCAUUCACUGGAGCCAAGCUGACUAAUUAAAAAAGGUUCCAAAACAACUUCAGUUGUGCAACGACAUGCUCACACUGACCCGCCAAGCAUUGCAGAUGCCUCAAAGGGGGUGAAAACAUUGUGACUUACGACACUCAGGUCAGUACUCCAGCCUUGACUACAGAAGCCUUGCAGAUCCACUAACAAUUCUUCACUAUGUACCUCCUUUCUACAUAGUGUAUUAACACCUGAAGGUGAUUCAAUUUCAUUAUCAAUACAAACUGUAUGGUGGUUUGUAUUUUCUUAAAAACAAUGUUUUUUUUUUGCCGCAAAGAUAUCAUCAGUUGCAGUUCUAGUUUCAGUGGCGCCUGAAGACCACCAUCCCCCACAGCUGCCACGCGUGCCGCGUCUAAUUCAGGUGCUCUCUGCGCUCAACACUUAUGCUACCGCGUCACAAUGACGGCUGACUCCUACCCCUCCAAAUCCUCCAGUGGAGCUUGACGUGCACCUCCCAAAAACCUUGUGUUAACGGCAUAGCGGACCACAGACCUGUGAUUGGUCAGCUUUUUUUAGUACAUCAUUUCCAGUUUUGCCUCCCACGAAAGCGCUAAAAGGUCCGUCAAAACAAAAGAAAUAAUGGAGCAAAUUGAGCAGCAUACAAUAAAAAUGACUGUUGCGUCAAAAUAUUAGUUUAAAAUCUAACAACGAUCUGGAUGUUGCCAGUAUUCACUUCUACUACACAGGACGCUGAAUUAGCUCGUCAACAAAGUUUGUGGUUACUCACUCCCUGGAAAACACUGCCCCUAGCGUUUUGGCAGAGAAUUGCAAGUCACGAACUCUGCCCCCCGCCAUUACAGGAGCAAGACUAUGCUGUAGCAUAAUCAUUUAGUCGGCGCAGCCGCAUGGACGCCCACACAACACAGGGGCGCUAAUUCCCCACAUAGAUAUAUUCCACCACUGGUUGACAAGACACUAAAACACUUCACGCCAUCAUUAUUAUUUUUUCGCCGCCCUGUGCUCUCAUACAUCAUCGACAUGCCGGAAACCGCCACUGCCUCUAGGAUUUCAAUACGUUGCGAUUGCGCUAAUUCUCAUUUAAAUCCCUCCAUUGCGCACUCACAUAUCACUUCCUUGUUUUUUGUUGCCAGACUUGUGAUGAUAAUGUGUCAUUGUGACUCAUUAGUUUGGUUUUAUCCACUUCAUGUGAGCAGUAUGUGAGGCGUCGGUAUCUCGCCUAUAGAGGAUGCCCAUCUAACACACAUAUCCUGAUCAAAUGAGCACAGAGCAGAAAUACGUAUCGAUCUUUUAUUCCCCCUUAUCCUUGCGGCACCUCAUAGAGAAUGCCAUCUCGGGCAAUUGCCCAUGUGGCCCAGAUCUAAAACCGCCACUGGAUACCAUCAUGUGAGAUUCCAACAUAUCUUUAGUAUCACAUUGUGAGUUUUCUGCCUUGGAUAGAACUGAAUACAUGUACUGUACCUUCGCUGUGACUUUUUGAUUUAAAUUCAUGGACUUUAUCUUGAAUCGACAUAUCUUUGGUAAUCAUAGAUUUCAAAUGUGAGUUCUCUUUUAUAACUUUGUACAAAAGGCUGGUUGUGUUAUGUGCAUUUCUUGACUUUAGUUGGGAAGGUAUUAUUUAUGAUGCCAUCAGAUGUUUUUCUGUGUUGAAUGUUUCUUUCAUGGAGCAUUUACUCACUGACAUCCUUUUUGCUACUUAUACUGACUAAUGGUCGCACAUUAGGACAUAUUUCAACUGAGUAGGAGAUGCUUAUUGGGUUAAAGUACUUAUCAUUUCAUCAUAAAAAGUGAUGUUUUUGAUGUUCAUUUUGUGUAAUAAACAUGGACUAA